CUGAAAGAAGUGUCUAAAGACAUUCGAUACUAAUCCACCUGAGUUAAAGUCAGCGUCAGCAGCGGAGUUACAACGAUAAGCGAUCAAAUGAGCCAAUAGCUGCGUUCACACGAUAUACACGGCCUCGCUGGUUCCGUACUUAUCUGGUGCUGAAUUCGGCUGAAAUACCGUGCUAAGACAACCCGGAGCGUGCACAGGAGAAUCGAGGCUUAGCUGGCUAGGUAUAAUAUAGGCUGGUACCCGGUCGACAGUUCCACACGCUACACUAACGUCGUGUAGCGAACGUCUACCAGUCUAGUACGUGCGGUGCCUUCUCAGCAGUGGCGGCGGCGGCAGCAGCGGCGGCGGCAGCAGCAGCAGCAGCGGGCGCGGUGGUGCGACAGUAGCGUAUUUCGGCAGGUGCUAGGGCCAUAAGCUCAACGGGGUAAGCAAAAAAAACCACAGCAGAACAAACCCCGAAACCCACAAAACGCUGCGCUUUGCACCGCGUCGCAAUUAACCCCGUCACGCUUCCCGACGCUUGCGGCGACAGCACGAUGGACAACGGCGAUGGCGAGAACAUCGAGGAGGAGAACACUGACAGCUACUGCCGCGACUUCAUGCGCAACAUCUGCACGCGCGGCCAGCGCUGCAAGUACCGCCACCCGACGGCCGACGAGCUCGGCGAGAUGCGGCCCGACAUCGAGUUCUGCCACGACUUCCAGAACAAGGAGUGCCACCGCGUCAACUGCAAGUUCACGCACUGCACGAAGGAGGAGGAGGUCGAGUACCGCGCGUCAGGCCAGCUGCCCGAGCACAUCCGCAAGGGCAUGCAGGUCGGGCUGAACGUCGCCGACGCGUCGCGCGGCGAGAUACCCGUCUGCAAGGAUUACCAGAAGGGCGAGUGCAACCGCGGCGGCAAGUGCCGCUACCGCCACGUCGACUACCGCGAGGAGCUUGACGGCGCCGACCGGCCGCCGAUUCGGCCCUUCGAGCGCUACACCCCCUACGACGCCUACGACCCUUACGAGCAGGAUCGCUUUGCGCCGAAGCGGCGCCACUUCGACGAGUCGUACAACGACGGCAGCGGAGCCGGCAGCGCCCCCUACGCCUACUCGGGGCCGAUGCGGCCGACGACCGUUGAGUGGCAGCAGAUGAAGGACGAGAUCACGGUGUGGCGCGGCAAGUGCGCGCAGUUCGAGAAGCAGAUCACCGAGCUGAAGGCGAAGAACGACAUCCUGAUGGAUCAGAACACGCGGCUGCAGCAGCAGGCGCAGAUCACGACCGCUGCGUCGAUGCAGACGCAGGCAAUUGCCCAGAUGGCGCAGAACGCGGCCGUGCUCGGCACGCGCGAGCGCGCUGAAGCCCGAGCUCACCCAGUCGAUUGUCUCCUCCCUCGCUCCCCAGGUGGCGGCAACGCCGGCGCUGACGGCAGCUGCCGCGGCUAACGUGUCCCCUUGCCAGUCCCCUCAGCCAGGACAUCAUCUCCUUCAGUAGCGCUAAUACGCCGACCCUGCUUACCUACCCCGUCGUUUCCCGCGCCCAGGGCAUGCGUCAUUGAGCGUGUGAGGUAUCGGCUCGCUGCUGCGGGUUGCAUAGCAUGCGUUGCGUAAUUCUUUGUGUGUGGGGGUUGGACAUAAAAUCUAAGGAUUCUUGAUAUGCAGGAUCGCGCUAUUAUUAAAUGUGAGGCCCAAGUUGUGGGGGCACACUCAAGGUAGUUUGUGGAUUACAGAUUUUAAAUACAAACUUUCAAUUUUCAACAAUUUACUGUCAAUCACUGUGGAGCAGGCCCGAGAAGAAGGGCAGGUGGGGUGCACUGGAUAUCUCUAUAUAUAUAUAUAUUAAGUUAGAUGUUUAAUUUGAAUGCUUGAAGUUCUCAAACAUUCAAUUUUUUGAAACUCAAUUAAAAGUAAUUUUUAUCAAAUUUUGUCAUGCGUAGGUGCCCAAAAUAUGACUUAACUGCUUUGGCGGACCCACCCCGCCCAACCCAGAGUAAAAUAUAUACCGUGUAAACUGUGUGUUAAUGCCACUGUACAACUACUAAUUACUAAUUAUAUCAUGUCAUGAGUUGAAAAUGUUUUUUUAAUUAUUUUGGGUUGGGUUAAAUAUCGUAGUUUUUGUGUUAGCAGGAAAGAUCCGUCGUUCAUUCUCAUUCAUGUUUGUAGAGCAUUCGGAAGGUGUACAUCGUACAAUAAUUUUAUAUGCAUUUUGACUUGCAUAUAUCUAAGUAGUAAACAUGUUGACUGAACUGGUGUUUGUAACCUUUCAUCAUAUCUAUAAAAGGUGAAUCAAUGUCAUAAUCUGUUUUUGACUGUAGUUUCAUGCAUUUUAGUUAUAGGUUAGCAGAGUAAGUACAGGUUGAACCUUACUGAUCUGACAUGUUUGGGACCAAACCCAUUCCGCAUAAGGCAAAAUAAUGUAUAUACCACAUCAGUACUGAUGCCGAUACAACUUACAUGAACAUAAACAUAGCCCUGGCUUACUGGACCUGUUUGUAAUAGUGAUGGUGGUGUGGUAUUGCACAGGUUUAUUGUACUACGACAUAAAACUGAGUAUAUUAGUACAGAAAUAGAUUCAAUCGUUCAGAACCAUCGCAGCUCCUAAACCCUCAUUUUAUGGAUUAGUGAGGUUCAACUGUAUCAAAUGCACCAAACAAACUGGUCAUUCAUGGAAUUUCCUUUUUAACAAUUGUAUAAUUCUCUAGAGUGACCAUUCAAGUUUUGAUGUCGUAAUAAGUAAGGUAUUGUUUAUUCUAUCACAUUGGAUCGCACAUUGUAUGUAUUGGGUUGAUCUUCACAUAUUCGCAGGUAAGUUCAAUGGUAAUGUUAUAUUGCUGAAAAGAGUGAAAAUCAUUUUGCUGCAUGUUUGUUCGACACAUUUACUAAAUUUACUCAACAUGUAUACCAUAAUUUCUAAUUUCAAACCAGUUUCUAGUUUCCCAUAAUAUGCUAUUCGUACGUGGUCCCAAAGUAAGUGUGUUGAAGACAGACUCCUGAAGAUUUUUGAGAAGAAGAGGCAAACUCACAAUGUUUACAUGCACAUUUCGUAUAUGGAAUGUUUCAUAGUUGUUUGCAUAGAUGCAAUCCAUAUGUGAUUGUGAAUAUAACUGCAAACUAUAACAUAUGACAAACUUUGAGAAUUUUCAGUGGUGUAUAACGAUCUCGUGUGUCGUGUUAACAUGAACAUUUCAUGAUGUAUGUCUAUGAAAAAUAAAAAAAUCCAUCGUUUCCGGCUACUGUUGUCAUCAAAACGAUUCGUGUUCAUUAA